CACACGACGUGGGUCUCGAAUUGAUUGUGGGUGGGCUCUGCUGCAGUACAUCUCCGCUUCGCCUCUCCCGGCACACGCGUGUCUGUUUCCCAGUGCUGCCCACCGGAAUUUCCCCUCAACACGUACUAAAACUCGUCUCUGUCGACCAUUGAUCCAUCUCCUCCUCUCCUCGCGAAUAUGUCUUCCGCCGGUCUCUAGCGGCGCGUCCUCUUCUUUAAUCUUCUCGCCACCCUUUCCGGUUUUUGGCUAGGUACCAAGCAGCACUGCACCCUGUGGGGGAUUGAUACAGCGCAGGCCCUCAGUGCUCUCAACGCGUGUUGAUGCACCAUUUACCGUUGCCCACCAUGGCGUCUCAAACCACCUCUCUCCCGUCUCCGCCCACUCCUCCGCCGGCUGCAUCGCCCUCCGAAUAUGGGCAGAGCGACCUCAUAACCCCAGCAGCCUCUCAACAAUCGUUGCCACCCACUUCCGAUCCCGUGUCGCCCUCCUCCACCGGGCAACGCCACCCGAGGGGUCAGCACCCCAAGGGCAAGAGGAACCGGACUUCACCAGCCGACAAGGCCGUGCUCGUGAAGGCCUACAGCGAGAAGCCACAGCCGAGCCAAGAAGAGAUCGCCGAGAUCACAUCGCGCGUCUCUAUGAACAAGCAGGCGGUUCGCAUCUGGUUCCAGAACAGGCGCCAGAACGAUCGCCGCAAAGCGCGUCCAUUGUCACCCCAACUGAUAGAGAGCAUCACACAGGGCCGCAUCUCCGUGUCCCGGUUCGGCGAACUUCCCGAACACACUCCGUUCAACUCGGGGGGCUUCCCCGGCUCCUCUCAGACCAUGUCGCCGCCAGAGCAACGGACGAGUUCCUCCGCCCACUCGGACGGUGCUAGCUGCCGCUCCGACGGUACACCGGGGAGCCUACGGGGAGCGGUGCACGAGCGAGGGUCCAUUUCAUUCGAGGGCAGGGAGCUCGCACCCUCAGAAGGACACCCCACCCCCGCUCCUUCUUGGCCCCUCUCAGGCCAACCCGGUUAUCUAUCCAAUCGACGAAACACCGCCGGCGCCCCUCCCCUGCCGUCGAGCUCUAGUCGCCGCGACUCCUUCAGAUCCGAGCCUUUCUCAUCCUCAUGUCCGCUCCCGCCUUCUUCCAGUGCUGGUCACGAUGCCUUCGAUUGGAAGCCGAGCUCUCAGCCGUCUCAGUUCCGUCUAUCGACAUCCAUGUCCGGUCAGGCCGAGAUCACAACGGAGUCACCACCACGCCCGAGUCAAAUACUAGCACCCGUGGAGCCGCUUCCAUGGCCAGAGAUUCCAGGGCCGUCGGAACUCCGCCGCUCCGCUAGCUCAGCAAGCCUCAGUCGGCGGGCUCCCGGUCUCAAGCGCAGCCGCUCAAGCAACGUGCAGGUCUGGGAGGACUGCGCCAACUCGGAGACCCGCGAGGAUCCGCUGAUCGCUCAGGCUAAGCACGAGAGCAGCGGCUCAGCCAUUGCAGAGAUCAGUCUGCUCAGGUCAUUGAGCGCAGCCGGGAGCCCCGCCCUCGAACAGGCCAGCAGCACCAACCGUGCGAAGCGCCGCAGCCACCACAUGGCGACCAGCUCCGACGCUCGCUAUACCAUUUCCAAAAGGCCGAGGCUUGAGCGGUCAUGGAGCACCAAUGCCAGGAUCGAGACGACGUCGGCUCUCGCCCAACGGCACAACACGCAACCGAGCCGCCUGGUUCCCGCCCACCCCGCGGACAAGCCCAAGCCCACGAACGGACUCGACCACCUAUCACUCCUAGCCUCAGAGUCAGACAAGGAGAACUUGAGCCCGGACGAAGACGGCAACCCGCGCCCCUACCGCCGCACCCUCUCCACCGGAAAUGUUAUUUCAUCAACCUCCUCCGGCCGCCGCCGCCUCCCCUCCGGGCCGCCGUCCAGCAAACCCACAUUCGCCAACCGCAACCCGCGCCGAACACCACAACAUCAACAACACCAACAACCCCCACACCCCCGAACAACCUCUCUGGCCCGCGCCGCCACCUCCCCCUCCUCCUGGUCCGCCUACUCCAAGCAAUACCGCACAAACAACGCCAUCAACCGCCGCCGCUCACCCGCCAAAUCCCGCGGCACCGCGUCACCACGGAUCUAUGAGGACGGGGACGGGAGCGGAGACGAGGGGAACAGCGUCGACGGCCGUACACGCGACCGGUUCCUGGAGCGCGACGAUGUCCAUCGUUUCAUGACCGCGGGCGACGUCAGUCCGAGUAAGAAGAAGGAGGUGGAUGCGGCGGCGAAUUUGAUUGCGCUUAAGUUUGCACGCUGAGGUGGCUUUGGUUGGU